GUGCCAAUCACAUUUUGGGAGUAUAAAGAAGUCUCUGCAUGGAUAUUCAUGAUUCUUUAGAUCAAGACUCAAAUACAGUAAUAGUGUUAAGAAUCAGAAGGGUGAUGGGCUAGGGGCCAAUCUUUACAAUAAGGAUGAAGAUUAUGCAUUUCCAGUCAACUCCAAAAAUCCCUAGACCUUCUCACUGGAAGGAAAUUUUCCCUCUUGCUAAUGGAGACCGCCAAUCUCCCAUCGAUAUCAAAACUCAGGAGACUAAAUAUGACCCCACACUACGCCGUCUGUACCCUAACUAUGAUCCUUCAUCUGCUAAAGUCAUCCUCAACAAUGGACAUUCCACCAGUGUGGAGUUUGAUGACACUGAAAAUAAAUCAGUGCUAAGUGGGGGUCCACUCAUUGGAAAUUAUAGACUGCGCCAAAUUCACUUCCAUUGGGGACCCAAUGAUGACAUUGGCUCUGAGCAUGCAGUGGAUGGAACAAAAUUUGCAGCAGAGCUUCAUGUAGUCCAUUGGAAUGCCGACAAAUACGCCACAUUUGUUGAUGCUGCUUGCCAGGCAGAUGGAUUAGCAGUCAUGGCUGUUUUCUUACAGCUAGGUGAAUGUAAUCCACAGCUGAAGAAAAUAACAGACCAUUUGGAUGCAAUUAAAGUUAAGGGCAAACAGCACAUGUUCACCAACUUUGAUCCUUCCUGUUUGCUUCCUCAUUCUCUGGACUACUGGACUUACCUCGGCUCUCUCACAGUUCCUCCUCUUCUUGAAAGUGUCAUCUGGAUCAUACUGAGAGAGCCCAUAAAUGUUUGCUCUGAACAGCUAGCCAAAUUUCGCAACCUUCUCUGCACUGGUGAGGGAGAAGCUGCCUGCUGCAUGCUGAAAAAUUUCAGGCCACCGCAGCCUUUAAGGGGCCGUGAAGUGAGAAGAAAUUAAAGGGGAGAACAAGAAAAGAUAAUUCACAGCAGUAGCUGAGACUAUUUAGGAAGCAAAUCUCAUUUUAAUACAUCACCUUAUUUCUAAAAAAUAAAGAGAAUGCAUUUUAAUUAGGACAUGAUCCAGCCAACAUUAAGCAUUUUAAGAGAACACAUUUAGGUCUCCUGUUGAAUCUGAUAGGGCAUAAAAUGCUUACGAUUUUCUGGAUCAUGUUUCUAUUUUUUAGUAGGUAAGUUAAACAUUUUUGUCCACUUGUUUGUUUCAUUUCCUUUAAAUAACAGAUACUGUUUCUAUGCAAAUUAAUUAUAGUAGGUAGUCAUUACUUAAUAUGAAAAAUAGAACUGGUAAGAAUUAAUUUAGGGUAAAAUGUUUUGUAUUAAAUUAAGACACAUUGUGUUCUGUUAGAUUAAGAAAGAGUCAAUUACAGUAAAAAUAAAUGUUCAGAGUUGGUGCAACUGAGCCGAUCCUAUGCUUAGAAGCCUGAGUUAGCUUUUACACUCUACUAGAAUACACUGUAGUGUAUUAGGUUUAAUGGUACUAUUGUAUUUGGAUUGGACAGGUAUCAAUCGAGAAUACCUUUAAGUAUGGGAUAAUAGAUUAUCUGCUUGGAUCCCUUUCGAUUUGUCUAUGGUCAGAACAUGAGAUUAUCAUUUUCUGGAUUACAAUUUACAUAAUCCUCCAGUCACCAUGGCUAGGCAAUGCAGAAAACUAGAAGGUAUAGUCCAAAAAUCAACCAUUCUAAUCUCUUGUUAGGACUGCAUCUGAAUUCCUGGGAAUGAUUGUUUCCAUAAACCCAUAGAUCCAUAAACCUAUAGAUCCUUUCCACUUUCAGAAAAAAAAUUACAGUUCUGAGUAAUCUCUGAAGGAAAAAGAUUUUCAGUUAAACAGUUCAAACUCUUAUAGUGAGAUCCAGCCAUUGAAAAAUCUCACAUUCCUUUUAAGCCUAUUAUAUCAAACAUUUGCCUUAGUCCUUUAAGCAUUUUACUUACUAAUUGGAAGGAAAAUGGGAAAAUUAUUUCCUAACCUUUUUGCCAAGAAACCAUAUCUAGGUAGUCAAUAUGAUAUAAGUGUGAUUUAGAUAGUGAAAUUAUUAAGAAUCUUUACCUUCAUCUGUCUUUGCCCCCAAAUUCCUUCUGAGCUCCACCUUUUACUUCUUAAUCUAGUUAUUUCAGAAAAUAAAGAAUCUUGAAGGAGCAAUGACCUCUAUACCCAUAGCACUUUACUAGUACAGUAUAGCUUAUUUUGUUCCUCUGGAUUGAAGGAAGAACAAUGACUAAUCUAAAAGAGAAGUUACAGAUAGCCAAUUACAUAUAACCAGGAAUUGUUUGGAUGUUGUCAACCUACUGUCACCCUUGUAAUGUGUAUGUGAAAAUGCGGCAUGACUGUCAGAUUAGUCUUUUCCUGAUCUCACAACCAACAGCCAGUAAAGUGGAAGAAUUCUCAUGAGAGGUGUAGAAAUGGUAACAUAAUGGUAUAAUGACUCAUUUUUUUUUUCAUUUUAAUCUUACUGGAAUAGACAUGGGUUAAUAAUAUCCACACCUCUCCACCUUCAUGUAUAGCUAGGGCUGAGAACAGACAUUACUAGAACUUAGGAAGGUAAAUAUGUGUGAAGUUACAGAGUGCAAAGAAUGUCUUUCUGUAUGUGUGCAUGUAUGAGAAUAGUAAUGAUGGUUUGGAUUUGUGACAAAUUUGCAUUUUUAAACCAGACUUCUACCUAAUUCCUUCAUGUUGUUUGAAUAGCUGCAGAAAGAAGUGACUGUAAAGGAUUCUGUAAGAAGACACUUGCAUCAGGGCAGGAAGCAAUGAGGGUGAGAUUACUGAUGUAUCUUUUUCAUGUCAGAUGUCAGUGGGUCAGGAAGAAUGGGCCCAGAAAUUUCUAAUGGAUAACUAAUAAACUGAUCUUUUCCCUGUUAUUUCAUAUUUAUGAAUUACAUUAAAUAAAAGCAAGAGAUAAUAUGUUGUAUCUUUCA